UCCGCUCAGUGUAAAAAAAAUGGCGGCGUGGUGGAGGCCGCUUGGCCUGUGCUUGCUCCUCCUGGUCCUUGUGGGCGCGGCCUUGGACCCAGAGCCCGGCAAGUGGAGGCUAAGAAUCGAUGCGAAUCAAACUAAGACUCAUUAUCUACUGAGGAAGACAUUGUUUAACAGCUCUUCCAUUACCCUGAAAUGGACUCAGGAGAAUUGUGUGUCUGAAGUAACCCUGGAUGUCACAUGGUAUUUGAGAAGUUUUCAUUGUUUUGAUGAAUAUUCUACAGUGAAAGAUGAUACCAUAGCAAAUUAUUUCGGUGCUACCACAGAACAGCGCAAAGAUGGAAGUGGUUAUUACAUACAACAUCGGUACAAACCUUUCAAAUGUGAAAAAAACACUAUUAGUAGAGAGCUGCAAGUAAAUGUUUUUGACCAACCAAAGCCAUUGCUGAACAGAACUUUGAGCAUUGUGCCUGAACGCAUUCCCAAACCAGUCGCCAAAAGAAGUACAGAGGGCAAGAAGGAAGAAGAGAAGCAGCUAAAGAAUGAGCAGAAAUUUCCAAAUAAAACCAAAGGGAUGGCCACUCAUUUGGGCACAGUGGCUCAGGCCUGGGAAGAUGCACCGUACUUUUUCAUCAUUCAGGUGCAAGGACGGAACACUUCGAAUAAGAAUUGGAGUUUAAUCUUAGAAGUAGAAAUGUUGGGACCCCACGGAUACAUUUCUGCUACAGAUUGGCCCUUAAUGAUUUUUUACAUGGUGAUGUGUAUCAUCUAUGUGCUCUACAGUGUUGUCUGGCUUUUCCUGUUGGCUUAUUACUGGAAGGAUUUGCUUCAGAUUCAGUAUUGGAUUGGUGGCGUCAUCCUUCUCGGAAUGUUGGAGAAAGCAGUCUUCUAUGCAGAAUUCCACACAAUCGCUCAGCAGGGUGUUUCAGUUCACGGAGCAGUGGUUUUUGCAGAGCUGCUAUCAGCUGUGAAACGUACCCUGGCCCGGGUCCUGGUCAUUAUCGCAGCACUUGGCUAUAGUAUUGUCAAACCGAGUCUGGGAACCACUUCGAGUCAAGUAAUUGGAAUCGGCCUGCUGUACCUGUUAUUUUCAUCAGUAGAGGGAGUCCUGCGCGUUGCUGUGGAGCGCUCUACGGCAGCCAUGACCAUCUGUGAGAUUUCUCUUGCGUUGAUAGACUCCUGUAUUGUAUGGUGGAUCUUUGUGAGCCUGUCACAGACGAUGAAGCAACUGAAACUCCGCAGAAGUCUGGUGAAACUCUUGUUGUACCGACACUUCACCAAUACUUUAAUCUUUGCUGUUUUUGCUUCAGUGAUUUUUAUUAUCUGGGUGACUAUGACAUUCAGGAUUCCAGCCUGUCAGUCGGAUUGGAGGGAGCAGUGGAUAGAGGAUGCAUUCUGGCGGUUUCUUUUCUCUCUUUUACUGCUUGUCAUAAUGUUCUUGUGGAGGCCGUCUGCAAAUAACCAGAGAUAUUCUUAUUCUCCAUUGGUAGAUGAAGUUGAUGAUGAAGAGGAAGAGGAACAGUUGAUCAGUGAGGCUUUUGAGGGAAUGAAGAUAAGACCCAUAAAAUCGGAGUCUAAUGGCGCAGUCAAACCCAACAAAAUGGAUGAAGACCUCAAAUGGGUCGAAGAGAAUAUCCCAGCCUCACUGACUGAUGUUGCAUUGCCAACCUUGCUGGAUUCAGAUGAGGAAAUAAUGACGACCAAGUUUGAAAUCUCCAAAAUGGAAUAACUGCUAAUUGUUACAGGCAAAGCUUUACUUUUGAAAUCCAAAUCUUCUUCUGCGACAGAUUUAACUUUUGGCUAUUUUUAUUUAAAAGAAAAUGAAAGCACAUCUGACUUUGUGGCUUUUUGAAAAGGCAUGAAAACAUCAUUUUUUCAUUUUGGAACCACUCGGCUAAUCCGUUUUAUGAAACUCUUGUUUUAAGCACUGCUUUUACUUUCACUCCAUUCCUCCGAAACUCGGUUUAAAUUCGAUGAAAUACCACCAGCAGAAUUCUUUGGAGUCAAGGUGUUCUGUGCAUGGGAGUGUGAUGGACCGAGCUGGGCAAAGUAAUUAUGGUGCCAAUGAAACCAGCCUGGCCAUUGGAAAAUAUGUACCACCUGUAUGUGAAGGUGGUUGGGCUGAAUUUUUGGAUAUGGUACGUCCAUGCCUGUCUAUACACAAAAUGCUUUUUGUUCAUAACUAAAGACCAAUAUUAAAAAGGAACAAAGCCAAUAAUUUCAGCAAUAUUUAAGAGUACCAGAAAGGGCAUAAUACCCUCUAUCCUUGUCGAUCAUGCAUCUUUCUUGGAAGUGCUUGCCACUCACUGUUGGAGUCUGUAAUUGAAAACCUAUUUGCAAAUGGUUUGCAAAGUGUACAUUUUUGCCCAAAGUAGUGGCUGACCUCUGACCCAAGUCCAUGAUUACUUAACAGUUCAACUUGUGUGGCCUUCAAAAGGACACUUCUGCACCUUAACGGCAUAAUGUACUUGUUCUAACAUGCUGCUUUCCUUCAAAAAAAGCCCACCUGAAUCACAUCAGGUGAGUUCUAGGUUGACCAAUACACACUUAACUCAGUAAUAUGUCAGAGAAACCAUUAUUGUGAACUCUGAAUUGUAUGCUGGCAUUUCAUCCUCAGGAUGCUCUGAGUCUCUAACAAGCUAUGCAUUACUCACAUGUUAAUGAUGACUCCCCGUCUUGGGUGUUUUUCCUGCUGAAAGUUCAUGGCUGACAGCAGUGACUGUGUGACUCUUGCCAACAAACCUUACAGUGUAGUAUCUCUACAGGUGAUUUAUUUUUGGCCCUGUUCUUGGAGGCCCUGUUCUGAAUGUUACAGGAGCAGAUCACAUAGCUCAUACAAGACACUACUCUCCUCCCCACUGAUGGCUGUUGGGAAACAUGUGAUCAAGAAGGUUAGGAACUUUCUCCCAACUGCCCUGGACAUCUGGACACAACUGCUUGAUUUGUGCUUUGAUAUUUUUUCUCCACUCUCUCCAAUGCUGUUGCAGCAGCACAUCAGCAUGAGAUGUUUCUGGAUGGUCACCAGUCUCAAGUGUAUGAAUGUGUGCCCUGGCUUUAACAGCAAUGUUCCUGGUGAAAUAGCCAGUGAACACUACCUAAGCUGCUUUUGAGGUGAAAUACCUCAGUCAAAAUCGACAUUUCAUAUUAAAUUUACUUUUCCAAAUAUUUCAAGUGGGUGUCAUCUUUGUUUUCCUCCCUGUUGCUCUAAAUUGAGGGUUAUUUCAUUGAACUUCUCAACAGCAGCAGAACUUCCAUCUGUAACUUUACCGUGGAAAGAUUCAUUGUGCAGUUUUCCUUCAGUUGUUCUAGCAUCAUUUUUUUGCAUGAGUUUAAAUAGGCCAUGUUUUUCCCAGUACAAAUUAGGGUCAGGAUGGAUUCAGGCCUCUGAUGCCUUAUUUGUGCAUUGUUUUCCUCAAAACUUGAGUUUCAAAGCCUGUCCCUUGUAGGGAAUUAUAUUAUGCGUUGACUUAUUUCACGAUUUUAUUAACACGUAGUUUGAGUUGUAGUUUAUCCUUAGUCAGCAACAAGAAAACGGCUGUGGUUGAUGCAUCUGUUACUGGCUGGCAGCAAUACGUUGUAAACUGGUCAUAGAGAGGUCGCAAGUACAGCCACUGUGUAAUCUGAAGCCCAAACUAAAGGUGGGAAUUCCAAAGUGUGACUGUCCAGUACAAGCUGAGACUGAUUCCAGAUUGCACAUAGUGCAGUUACACCCACAAAGAUGUGCAUGUGAACUGCUUACUGACUUCGCAUCAGAUAAACACAGCAUUGGUAUUGAAAGGUAUUGUCAGCAGAUUUGUACUGUUUCUAUGAAGAAUCAAUAAAUCAUUUCAUAAAAUUGUGUCUUUAAUGAAACAACUAUUGUAGCUAUAUUUGGUGUUGCUAUUUGAGGUAAAUGAAGCACUGACUA